GAAACAAAUCCAAGGAAUCCAUGGCGGCGGAAGAGACGACGACGACGACGACGAGGAUGGAGAUGGUGGCGCUGCGGAGCCAGGAGGGCGUGGAUUUCGUGGUUCCACCUUCUUACGUCGUAGGAUGGAGCUCGACCGCGACAACUACAUCGUCCCCGCCGACGGCGACGAGACCAAGUACACCCAUAUCUUGCUCCGCUCCAUCCGAGCCGACGUCCUACCCAAGGUUCUGCACUACUGCAAGAGGCACGCCAUUGCCACUGACGACGACCGGGCCCUCGGCGGCGAUUGGGACGCGGGGUUCAUCGGCAGCGUCGACCUCGACACCCUCUACGAUCUCAUCCUGGCUUCGGAGAAGCUCGAGGUCCGAGGGCUCCUCGGCCUGAGCUGCCGGGCCCUCGCCGACAAGAUCAAGGGGAAGUCGCCACGCGAGACCUGCCAUAUCCUCGACAUCAGGGGCAUCUUCGACGGACGCGGAUCUUUCACGCAUAUGCUUCGGAGCCCUGCUAUCUUGGCCAUCCGCCACUGUUGUGUGUCUCGAGAUGCGAGGAGAACCUAUGGGCACUUAAACUCUCGAUUAGCAGGAGUAGUUCUGUAGGUCUGCUUCGUAGGUCCUCCUCCAGGAAUAGUGGCCGGCAGUAGACUUGUAUGGUUUUGUUGUUUUUCACACAGUGCCAGCAUCUCCCAGCACAAAAAGCAUUAUUGUAUGAGGUCCAUGCAUGUCUCUCCUUCAAA